CGCAGGGCAUAUUAGUCACGUGAUAUUUGGAACUGCUCCCCCUCCGUUGGCCUUCUCGGCCUUCUACAUUCCGAGAGUCACGUGUAAAUUUCACGAACCUUGAUCAAAUCGCCCCAGGCGCCCUGUUUUCACCGUCGUCCCAUACCCCCUGAUGAUAUAUUCGAUGACGGCUGUUUCGCUGUUUAUUUUUUUAAUUGCGAUAUCUAUUCAAUGCAAGGGAAACAUUGUUUCCGAGCUUGCCCUUCCACCAGAGCAUGUACCAUUUUAUGUUAAUUCCCACCAGCGGUUCUCGGACGGUUGCAGGAGGAACGGUAGCUGCCAACUGAAGCCAUAUCUGGACCAGGGAUUAUGCUGGGGAUAUGAAGAGAACUGUCCUAUUUUUAAGUCCUACUUGGUUCCUGAGUGUGAUGGCAAAAGUAAAGGAUGGGCAGCUACAAAAACUAGUCAGCUGGAGAUGUACUAUGAACAAGCAGACUUUGGGUACAUCAAAAGGAGGAUGAAGACAAUGUUCCCAUUAUGCUCCCCUAUAGAUAGUAGCUUGGACGCAUCUGCUCUUAAUUGCUCCUCAAAGAUGGAGUUCUGCAGAGGCCGCAACAUCAGACUCGACUUCCGAGAGCUGACAAAGCGGCGGGGCGAGCUGCUGCGGUACAAAAUGGACGUGCUGAAGCCUGGCCAGAUGGCUGGGCACUGCCGCGUGGACCGUGACCGGCUGUCGUCCGAGCUGGAGUUUAUGAGUGCGCUGCAGUCGUGGUCACCCGAGAUCCAGCACCUGACGCAGGCGGAGAGACCGCUAACCGGUCGGCCAGAGUGCGACCGGGUCGUCACCACACCCACCUACAUCAUGAAACUCGACGCCUCGGUCAGCAUGUACCACCACUUCUGCGACUUUUUCAACCUGUACGCCAGCCAGCACCUGAACGACUCGAUGGACGGCGACCACCCGGGCUCAUUCCACCGCGACAAGCAGAUCCUCAUCUGGGAGAACGUGCCCUACCGGUCCGCCUUCGCGCCCAUGUUCCAGGUGUUCUCCAGCCGUCCCAUUUGGUCUCUGAAUGACGUCAUUGGCCAGCGGGUCUGCUUCAAAGACGUGGUGUUCCCGCUGCCACCCAGGAUGAUUUUCGGGCUGUUCUACAACACACCGCUGGUGCCCGGCUGCCGUCAGAGCGGUCUGUUCCACGCCUUCCAGCGGCACGUCCUGCACCGGCUGGGUCUGCCGCUGCGGCGAACCGUCGCCGACGACACGGUGCGCGUGGUGUGGAUCUCGCGACAGUCGCGUCACAGGCGGGUGCUGAACGAGGCGCGCAUCCUGAAGGCGCUCAGAAAACAGCAGGGAGUCGAGGCGGCGUUCACACACGCCACCCCGUUCGUGGACCAGGUGCGGCUGGUGUCCGGCUCAGACGUGCUGGUCGGUCUGCACGGCGCCGGGCUCACCCACAUGCUCCUGCUGCCCGACUGGGGUGCCGUGUUCGAGCUCUAUCACUGCCAGGACCCCGACUGCUACAGCGACCUGGCGCGGCUCCGAGGGCUGUCCUACACCACAUGGGAGAAACCCGAGCUCAUCACGCCGCAGAACCAGGGCGAGCACCCGGAGCUGGGCGCCCACGAGAAGUUUACCAAUUACACUCUGGACGUGGCAGAGACAAUACGCCUGGUGCUGCACUCGGUGGCGCAGGUCCGCGCCCACCCGCGGUACAGGAGCGCCAGGCAGGCCCACGAGGCGCUCCAGCGGCCCGCCAGGGACGAGCUGUGAUUGGUCAGUGACGUCAGCUUGGUCAGACGUACAGUGACGUCAGAAACCCAUUGUGAUUGGCCAGGAGGGUUGAGGGGUGUUAGUGCUGCUGUUACUAGUCUUGAGUCAGUGGUGCAGGAACCAAGUCUUCCAUCAUGAUCCCCGUGCCUUUUUAAUCGGGCCGUGAUAAGUGGAUCUCUCGCGGCGUUGUGUGACGCCUCCACGGGUCCCUUACUAACGCUCUUUCGGCCGUCCAUUUGCGGGUACAAUACGGGCCUGUCCUGUUGGCCGUUUGUUCUUCGGUCUUUGGUACACAUUCCUGGUUCCCUUCGCCGCGCGUUGUUGGUGGUCUCAUAAUUGUUAACUCAUUCAGCUCACAUUGCUCAGUGCUCAACUCAUAUUUACAUCUCGUUUUGUUGUUUUUCAAAACAUUACUUGUUUGUAGCAAUAAUCUUACUGUUGCGUAUUUGUCGCCCUACUGUCGUUACACUGCAUAUGAUAGCAGUUAUCUGUGCAUUCAUCCGGGCUAUAAAUGACGCCAGUAGCACAGCAGUGGCCACGUAGCCUCGCGUUCAGUCCAGUGCCCUACCUUCGCAAUAAUUUCAGUCCAGUGCCCGUUCGCGCUAACUUUAUAACCAAUAAUCAUAACAUCUAACGAACAUGUGCGAAGAACGGCAGAAUUUGACUAGGUAAAUUCAUCUCAGCUCCAAUGUUUGUUGAGACUAAUAAUCCGCGGAAAUACCAGCAUGCCGAUGUCCCAAGUUGUGUUACAAUACAUGUUUUGUAAUUAA